AUGCCGAAAGCUUCGACAAAAGAAAGGCGAUCUUCACCUCAUAAGCGGGCAGAGAAUGAUGCUGAGCAAGGAGACAAUGACUUGAAUGAACUUUUGAUUCUCGAGAUCGAGAAAAAUCCAAUUUUGUACGAUAAAACCAGGGCAGAUUAUAAACGAAUAGAUUUUAAAGAAGUUGUUUGGUCUUCAAUUGGACGACACAUUAGAAUUGAGGUUAAUGAAGUAAAAGAAAAGUGGAAGAGCAACCGGGAUGCCUUUGUACGAUGUCGACAGAAAUCCAAGACCAAAAGUGGACAGAAGGCAAAAGAAGUCAAGCCAUACAAAUAUGCCCAUCUGCUCGAAUUCCUGAUCCCAACUGGGGGAGAACGUCAAACAAGCGGUAACCUGAGAGCAACCCCCGAGGCGGAGAUAUACUUCGUCUGA